AUGGAAAUAAACCUGACCAUCUUCCUCCUCUUCUCCUCCUUCAUCUUCCUCCUCAUCAAACUCUUAAGAACCCCUGAAUCCCCCACGAAAACCCAUAAACUUCCCCCGAGCCCCCCAAAGCUCCCCAUCAUCGGCCACCUCCACCUCUUGGUCGGCAGCCUACCCCACCACGCCCUCCGCCGCGUGACCCAGAAAUACGGCCCCGUCCUCCGCCUCUCGCUGGGCCAGGUCGAGACUGUCGUAAUCUCUUCCCGUGAGGCCGCCCAGCAAGCCCUCAAGACCCACGACCCGGCCUGCGCUGACCGACCCCAAAGCAUCGGGACCCAGAUCAUGUGGUACAACUACACCGACAUCGCCUUCAGCCCGUACAGCGACUACUGGCGCCAGAUGCGCAAGAUAUGCAUCCUCGAGCUCCUUAGCGCCCGCAAUGUGAAAUCCUUCGGGUCAAUCCGCCAAGACGAGGUCGACCGUCUCGUCGGGUUUGAGCUGGCGGACCUAUUCCCAUCAUUCAAGCUGCUGCACGUGCUGUGCUGGAACAAGUACAAGCUGCUGAGCAUGAGAAGGGAGGUCGACCAGAUUCUGGACUGGUUCCUAGACGAGCACAGGCGGCAGAAGAGUGGGGAGUUUGGUGGGGAGGAUAUUGUGGAUGUGUUGCUCAGGAUGCAGAGGAAUGAGGAGCUCCAGUUCCCGAUUACCGACGACAAUAUUAAAGCCAUCAUAUUUGACAUGUUCUCUGCGGGAACCGAUACAUCGUCCACCACCAUUGACUGGGCCAUGGCUGAACUGAUGAGAAACCCACGAGUGAUGGCCAAAGUGCAGGCCGAGAUACGAGAGGCUUUCACAGGAAAGAUGACUAUCCAAGAAACCGACGUUCAAGCUCUCAUAUACCUCAAACUAGUGAUCAAGGAGACUUUAAGACUGCACCCUCCGACCCCACUGCUCCCCCGAGCAUGCAGAGACGACUGCAAGGUUGACGGCUACACCAUCCCGCUCAGGUCCAAGAUCAUCGUCAACACAUGGGCCAUGGGCCGGGAUCCCGAGUACUGGGCUGAGCCCGAUAGCUUCAUGCCCGAGAGAUUCGAAAACAGUUCGGUGGAUUUCCUUGGGAAUAACUUCGAGUUCAUCCCUUUCGGGGCGGGUCGGAGGAUUUGCCCUGGGAUGAACUUCGGGCUGGCAAAUGUAGAACUGCCGUUGGCUCAGCUUUUGUACCAUUUUGACUGGAGGAUGCCUGAGGGUAUGAGGGCCCAUGAGAUAGACAUGACCGAAUCUGGGGGGCUUACCGUCGCCAGAAAGAAUGGCCUGUUUUUGGUUCCCACAGUUCCCAAUUAA